UUCACAAUGUUGCCAUUGGUUUUCGCUCUAGUUCUCCUGUCUGAUAAAAUGGUUUUCAGUAAACCAUUUAUGGAUCCGGAAUUGCUUCCGCAGUAUUUUCAGGGGGACAUCAUAGGAGAGCCUUUUCGGGCUCGGAACGGGAUGACCAAUGAGAUUUAUCACUGGCCAAAUGGCAUUGUGUAUUACAUCAUUGAGAAAAACCAUUUCGCUGACAGUCAUUAUCGGGAAAUCCUCAGAGCCAUUUCCAUCAUUGAGGCGAAUUCGUGUAUAGUUUUCACCCCUGCGACAGAAAAGGAGCGUUUCAAGGCCGUCAUCAUAAAGUCGAAUGGCCUGGGCUGCAAUUCCCUUUACUUGGGCUUCAGGAAUAGGCCCUCAGCGGUUAACCUCCAGAUUUAUCCUAUUGGCGAGGGCUGCUUUCGCAUCGGUUCCAUCAUCCACGAGCUCCUGCACGUCCUGGGCUUCGAGCAUCAACAUGUGGCCCAAAGCCGAGACCAAUACGUCAAUAUCCAAUGGGACAAUAUUAGUCCGGAGUACAAUAUAAACUUUGUUAAUAAUGACAAAACAUCAAAGUGGGAUGACUUUGGCGAGGGCUACGACUACAACAGCCUCAUGCACUACCUUCCGACGGCGUUUUCCAAGAACGGUCAACCCACCAUUGUGGCUCUAAAAGAGGGGGCCGCCAACAUGGGUCAGCGGUUCUACAUGAGCGAAAAGGAUAUUCGGAAGCUGAACAAAAUGUACAAGUGCGCUGCCAAGGACACCUCGAUCGAAGAUAACUUUCUAAUUUAAAAAACAUCUUUGAUUGACUAAUUCAAAUUUUUUAAAUACACUAAAGACAGAAAUAAAUACAAAUGUUU